UCAUCGCCGCACGCAUUCGCGGUAUCGAAGCGAGUUGCUCCGUUUUAUAUAUUUUCUAUACCUAUAUAUGGAUGUGUUGAUAUACAUUCCUCGACUGUUCGACUGCAUAUAGUGUCUUCGACUGCGGGCACAUGCGCACGUAUACUCGUGGCGUACAGCAGCAGACCUUACCUAUAUAAUAACAAUGAGGUGCCUGUAUACUAUAUAUAUUUGUAAUAUCUUACCCUGUGAAAAUACACUAUCCAGCUGGACGUUGUAGUACAGUGUCACCAUAGGUGUAUUAUUAUAUACAUGCCCGCGCGAGACAUUGGCAGCUUAUAGGUAGUGCUGCUGCAUGCGUGCGUCUGCGAGAGAGAGAGAGAGCCGCGCGCGAGCGGUGGUGUUGUGCCUCGUAGUGGAUAGUUAAUGCUAUACAGCUCCUCAGUGCUGCUACAUGUGUGCUGCCGCUCGGCCGUCGCGUUGUGCGCCGACGACAACAAGAGAGCAGGAGAGUAGCAUCGUAUCGUUUAGCUAGUCCGAGUUUAAGUAAAUCGUUCCGAAGCAAAGAAAAAGAAGAAGCUUCGCGUAGUAUAGUAGUUAUGGUACAACGAGAACGGAACGCGUGUGUAAUAAUGUCGUAAAUUUUCUGCUAUCUCGCACAGUGUGUGUCUGUGUGUAUGUGUGUAUACGAGUGAGUGACGUGCAGUGUAUGUGAUUGUCUCUGUCUCUCUCUGUAUAUAUCUCUCUCUCACAGAGCAGUAGUGCAUUAUAAUAUAGGUGGCGUCGAUUCUCUCCUCUCUCGCUCUCUCCCCGUGUGCAUCAUCAUCGGAAGAAAUCAAGAAUCAGCAGCAGCUCUUCUUCUUUUCUCUCUCUCUCAGCUCCUCUAUACAGUAAUACGCGCGCGAGUGUAUGUGUGUGUAUGUAUCAUAACCCGUGUGACGUGUUAUUAUGAACGCGACGUCUACUCCGAAAAGAAGAAGAGGCAGGCGAGGAUCGUACUCCACGGAGCAGCUCGUGGAGUAAUUAUAUACAAGUGUGUGUUUAUGUGAAAAAAAUAAAUAAAAAUAAAUUGUAACGGCCUAUUAGACGUAAUCGUCGACCGUACGACUGUGUGUGCGCGUGUGUGUGUGUGCAGAAUUCAGCUGUGCUUCGUUUGCCUAUAUCCGUGUUAGUGCUACACACAUACGUUUACACCUUACACACAGUGACUCGAGCGAGCGAGUGCAGGUGGUGCAUAUCAUAGGUAUAUUAUGAACGCCACGGUAUCGGCCAUGGUGGGCAGCAACAACCAACAACAGCAACAACAACAAGUCAACAACAUGGUCGGACGCUGCGAUCAACAGCAACAACAACAACAACCACAGCAGCAGCAGCAACAGCAACAUCACGCGCAAGCCCUGGCCGGGCCGCGGCGCGUCACCAUCAGCAAGACCGAGACGGGCUUCGGCUUCAACGUGCGUGGCCAGGUGAGCGAGGGCGGCCAGCUGCGCAGCAUCAACGGCGAGCUGUACGCGCCGCUCCAGCACGUCAGUGCCGUGCUGCCGCACGGGGCCGCCGAGAAGGCCGGCGUGCGCAAGGGCGAUCGCAUCCUCGAGGUAAACAACGUGACGGUCGAGGGGGCGACGCACAAGCAGGUGGUGGACCUGAUCAAGUCGGGCGGCGACGUGCUCACCCUCACGGUGAUCUCGGUCACGCCCCAGGAGGCCGAGCGACUCGAGCCCUGUGAAGAUUUGAGCUACGUAUCGGUGGACUACAGCGAGAAGCGCUCGCUGCCGAUCAGCGUGCCGGAUUAUCACGUGCGCGAGAAGAAGCACGAGCGCUACGUCGUCUUCAACGUGCACAUGGCCGGCCGACAUCUGUGCUCGAGGCGUUAUCGAGAGUUCGCGGCGCUCCACAUGGCCCUGAAGAAGGAGUUCAUCGGCUACAAUUUCCCCAAGCUGCCCGGCAAGUGGCCGUUCCAAUUGAGCGAGCAGCAGCUGGACGCGCGCCGCCGCGGCCUCGAGCAGUACCUGGAAAAGGUCUGCGCGGUGCGCGUAAUCGCCGAGAGCGACUCCAUGCAGGAGUUCCUCACUGAUCGCCUCGACGAGGACGCGGGCGAUCAGGGUCCCGCGGUCGAUCUCAAGGUCCUGCUGCCGGAUCGCGAGCUCGUCACCGUCACCGUGCCCAAGGCCGCCACCGCGAAGGACGUGUACGAGGCGGUGACGCGGCGCGCCCAGCUCGACCCGGACACGGCCAAGUACUUCUAUCUGUUCGAGAUCGUCGAGUACAAUUUCGAGCGCAAGCUGCAGCCGCACGAGCAUCCGCACACGCUCUACAUACAGAACUACUCGACGGCCAGCGCCACGUGCCUGGCGGUGCGUCGCUGGCUGUUCGAUCUGGCGAGGCAGCCGCAGCUGGGCGAGCAGGCGCUCACCUGGAUAUUCUGGCAGACGGUGGACGAGGUGAAUCGCGGCCACAUAUCGGCGGGCGAGCGACUUUAUCAGUUGAAGGCGCUGCAGGACGCGUCGAGGAAGCACGAGUACCUGAAGCUGGCCAAGGAGCUGAGCGGCUACGGGGACAUCGUGUUUCCGCACUGUCCGUGCGACUCGCGCAAAGUCGGCCACGUGAUAGCGGCGGUGGGCACCGGAGCUUUCAAGCUUCACGCUGCGAAGGAGGACGGCACGUUGGAGUCGCAGGUGGUGGAGUUUCAGUGGAGCACGAUUCAGCGCUGGGAGGUGGACGACGAGGCCAUGGCCUUCUGCUUUCAGUACACGCGCACGGACAACAGGCCGCCCAGGUGGCUCAAAGUCUUUACGCCAUACUACGUUUUCCUGUCGGACUGCUUCGAUCGCAUCGCCGAGGAGGCCAAGUGGGAGGACAACAAUCGUCCGAGCGAAUGACAGAAGAGUCGCAAUUAAUCAUCGCACAUCGUGGUCAUCGUCGGAUGGAGCAUUUCAAUGGAGAAAGUUACGACGAAAGAGUGUACAUUGCAUAUAUAGGAGUAAAACGCGCAUCUCUAUGAUAAAUACUUUCUCAGAUAAUACAGACUGUCUAAACCGUCCCUAUCUCGGUAUAAGUAAUCCUUCGUUUUUUUGUUUGUUUGCGUUAGAAUCUCAGAGAGAUUUUCUUUGCGAUUUCGGAAGCUCCGCCGUCGUUCCGUUCACUGGAAUUAGUUCAAUAAUUUCCCAUGGUAUUCUCAGUGUGUGUGUACAUUGUGGAGCUUUGAUUAUCGUAACGUAAAGUUUUUUAGCUUAAAAAGUAGAACGAUAGCGAAACUAUUGUAUUUUUGCUCCUUUUGCACUAGUCUAAUUUGUAUUCGGAUUGGGUUUUGUUUGCAAUUGAAAAUUGUACAGAUGGAAAAAGUAUUAUUAUUAUUUUUUUUCAUUUCUCUUACAUCAUUCAGCUCUCCAAGCUGUGCCAUAAAGGAAAAAAACUUUUUUUCGUAUAAUUGUCAAAUUAUUAAUCACGUUGACAGCCAAGAUUCUUUCUGGAAAAAUUCUGCUGCAACGAUUUUCCUUUGAAUAACUCGUUUUAUCCUGAAAACAGACGUAAUACUCAUUCUAAUCGUUGUAUUGUACAUAUAAAUAUAAAAAAGAAGUAAGUUCGGAGUGAGCAUCUCACCGAUAGCGUAUAUUGUCGGAGCACAUUUUUUUUAUUAUGAUAAGUAUGUAUACAUAAUGCUGAGUAUAAGUUUUCAUUUUCCGCGUCGGAUCAUUGUAUCGACGUUGAGUGUUGCAUUUCAGAAUAUGAAAAAAAAUUGUACAUAUAGAAGAAAAAAAAUUACGAAUUUAGUAGAUUUUUUUUCAUUGACUUACGUUUGCGUGUAUUAUUUGUUUUUCCAUUGUACGCGCGGUGUACGUCUAGCUUGUGUGACGUAUUGUGUCGUACGACGAUUUCCUUUUUGUUCGAAUGAGUUAAUCGUACGGGUAUGCACGGACGUGUGUGUGUGUCGUUAAAGUUUGUAAACUUUAUAAUGAAAUAAAAAAAAAUGUCUAUGUGCAAAUAAUUAAACGAAUGAGAAAGAUGUGCGUAAUUGUAUAGUGAAAACACGAUGAACCUCGUGUGUAAGCAGAUUUAAAUGUGAUGAGAAAACUAUUCCAGAAAAAAAACGAAAGAGAAAUCUUUUUAGGUUGUAGGAUAAAACUACGAAAAACUAUCCGUACAUAAGGUUAUAGCGAAUAGUUCAACAAUUGCAUAUACAAAAAUAAGUAGUAGUCGAAUGGGAAUCGAGUUUUUUUCGACGAUUCGCGCGCGCUCUGCACCAAUGCGAACCUUAAUGCGUCAAUUUUUCUAACGGUGCUCGUUCUCCUUAAAAAAAAAAA